ACCGUUUCCAACGAACUUUACCAAUCCAACUGCUCUCUGACACUCACUUACCACUCUCUCAGUCUCUAUACCAUGCUUUUGACAUGUUCUCUUCAUCUUCUUCCCUCCUUCGACAAACCCUAACCCUAACUCCCCCUCCCACCAAAAAUGUCCCAACUCACACUCCCCUCCAAACUCUCCCUCUCUUCCAACUUUUCCCCAAAACCUCUCCUCAAAUUUCACUCGCGCCUCACCUUUCCUCCCUUCCCAGUCUCCACGCUCCUCCCCUUCAAAAUCCUCUGCUCCUCUUCGCCAGACUCUAACCAGAGCAUUUUCCCUCCAAAAACCUUUUCCGUAAUCUCUCUUCUUCGCGCCAUCUCCGAUUGGGCUGACUGCAUAAAAGAGCGUGGAAUGCAACGAGACCGCUCUCUUUACAACCACGAGAAAUGGGUUGAACACAGAAGCUCUUUGCGACACGUGCGCCAUUUGCUUUCCAGUUUGUCCUCUCGCGUGAUAUUAUCAUUGAUACCUCCUGUGAUUUCAUUUACUUCGGUGGCGGCUAUAAUUGCGAGCUAUAACUCUGCUGUUGAUAUGCACUGGUUGCCGGGAUUUUUCCCUGUUUUGAGGGCGUCUUCAUUGCCUUAUCAAUUGACGGCGCCGGCAUUGGCGCUGCUUCUGGUGUUCCGCACGGAGGCAUCAUAUUCGAGGUUUGAGGAAGGGAGGAUGGCCUGGACCAAGGUGAUUGCUGGGACCAAUGAUUUUGCCCGGCAAGUAAUUGCUGGGGUUGACAUUUCUGGUGAUGAGUUAAUCAAGGAUGCACUUUUGGGGUAUAUUAUGGCUUUUCCUACCGCAUUAAAGUGUCAUUUGAUUUAUGGCUCAGAUAUUGGCAGAGAUCUUGAAACUCUGCUCGAAGCAGAUGAUCUAGCAGUAGUGGUCAAUUCAAAACAUCGUCCACGCUGCAUUAUCGAGUUUAUUUCUCAGAGCCUUCACUUGCUAAAUUUGGACGAGUCAAGGAGAAAUAUGUUGGAAUCGAAGCUUUUAUGUUUGCAUGAAGGAAUUGGUGUGUGUGAACAACUUAUGGGUACCCCAAUUCCUCUAUCAUACACUCGUUUAACAUCCAGAUUUUUGGUCCUCUGGCAUCUAACUCUCCCAAUCAUACUUUGGGAUGAUUGUCACUGGAUAGUGGUUCCUGCUACUUUUAUUAGUGCUGCUUCACUGUUCUGCAUUGAAGAGGUUGGUGUUCUCAUUGAGGAACCAUUUCCGAUGUUAGCCUUGGAGGAGCUUUGCAGUCUUGUCCGCAAUAACAUUCAAGAAGCAAUCACAACAAAGGAAUCCAUAAGAAAACAGCUUAUUGGGAAAAGAAUUCACCACUCAAGUGAGCAUUCACCUAAUGGUUACCCUAACUCUUAGCUUAGGUCGGCUUGGCCUUUCCAUUGUAAAUUUUCACUUGGGUGUGUAGAGUAGAUCACCAAUAUACCAGUUGAAUUCUAUAGAGCUCUGAGUUACUGGAUCUUCUGUCAUUUUAACCGCACAUUAUAACAGAGCUCUAUCAUUUAGACAUGUACAUAUACCAUCUUCACCUAAGGCCGGCUUCUGGAUGCACUCAGUAAAUAUAUUUUCUUAGGUUUCUAAAUUAUCUGUUUAGUGAUAAAUUUUCCUUGUUCUGGAGCUAAACCUUUAUACAUAUUUUUUUUACUUAGGUCAAUUCAGCAACUCUGAUAAAUAGAGAAAAGUUUACAUUAGGCUGCAUGGGAGUGAGUGAUUGAUUUUAUAUAUACUUUCUAUCCAAACAUGAUCCAUUGUAAUAAGUUUUCUAGCUUUGCUGCUGAAAU